CUCCCUCACAACCUCCCUCUCAGUUCACUGUAUUUGUGAACUCUUCAACCAGUAUUACAGCUUCAUGGCAGUUACCACCAGUAGGCUUCAGACAUGGAAUCAUCAAAGGAUAUAAACUGUUCUAUAAGAAGAAAGACUCAAGUUGUGCAACCAUCCUGACACUUGGCAAUGGAAACAUAUCAGCAAGAGUUACUAAGCUUGACGAAUACACUGAAUAUGAAUUUCAAGUGUUGGCCUUCACUUCUGCUGGUGAUGGACCAAACAGUUCUACUAUUUUCAAGACAACGAUGGAAGAUGGUGAGAAUCAGAAGUGCCUUAACCAACAUUUGAAUUAGUUAUACCAUCAUCAUCAUCACGAGCCCGUGGGGCGAGUGCAAUUUGUAGUCUUUGAAAAAAAAUUUAGAAGUGCAUAUUUAUUCCAAAUUGCACGAGAAAAAUGAUGUGAUUACGUAUCAAUAAUAUACAUAAAAAAAUUCGCGAAAGCUUAUCAUAAUUAUGCAGAAGCAUAGCACGCAUCAAGUUCAGAAAUAAUUUAUUCAAACCCUGCAAGUGACAUUGUGCUUUGGGUAAAACAACCGCGUACGAUCAAAACAACAAUAUAUAACGAUGUUUUCACAUCUUUAAGGCGCAAAAAAGUUCAAAGUCCGGCUAAACAGUUCAAGGAACUGGUCAGUCUGGUUUGUUACUUCUUUGCUCUGAAUUAACCCUGCAUUUAUCGUAACGUAACAGAACUAAGUAAUUUCCUCGUGUGUCUUAUUAAGGGUGAUAGCUUUUAAAUGUGGACCCCAGCCUCGAUAAUUCAGCUUGUCUCCUCAAUUAAUUUUUUUUCUUGUCAUGAACAAGGUCUCCUUUGUCAUGGGUUGGGAAUAAUCAGUCCUUAGAAGUUUGUUCUCAUGACUUGAGUUGUUCAGUUGCUCAGAUGAGCUAGUGGUUUAUUUAGUUUUUGUAUUAUUCCUAGGAAAAAGUUAGGUCCUUCACAACUAACUGCAAUACACUUGGGGUUAAUUGUUAUUAAUAUGUAAUGAUUUUCUGUAUAAUUCUUUUUUUAAUAAUUUCAUUAUGUUUAUUCUUCCAGCUCCUACUGCACCUUUAUCUUUGUCUUUUGUUGAUAUGCCACCAAGCAAGUCACACGGUCCAAGAAUAACCCUGACCUGGAGUGAGCCUGCAAAGCCAAAUGGAGUUAUCAGAAGUUACACUUUGUUUUACAGUCACGAUGGAGUUGCACCAAAAGAGAUUUCUGGAAUAGGCAGAGAUGCACUGAAUCACACAGUUGAUGUGUUAGUUGGAGUGACGUAUCAGUUUAACGUUAGAGCUGUGACUAUUAAACCUGGACCAAAUGCCACGAAAACAGUAACUACCAAGGAAUACGGUAAACUUUACGUCCAUGUCUUUGAAAUGACUUCUUUUCAGAAGAACAAGAACACGAAUGACAAUAAUGUUAGUUUACCAUACUAAGAUAAGUUUUAAUAUAUUCUGUAAAUUCAAAAAACAGACAGUAGCCGGUCACCCAAAAUAACUUAAGGGCUAGUGGGUGACACCUAUUUAUUAAUUGGAAUAACACAAAAGUAGGGGAGAAAGCCACUACUAGCUAAAUUACUCCAGUCUACAGGUAUCUUCAUUAAUAUUAAUACUAUAGUACAAAUAAUCUAAAAAUGAUUCACCUACACUACUUUACAUAUAUGAAGUAAUAAAAAAGUCAGGAAAUAAGAUGAGGAUUGUUGAAAAUGAAUAGUAAGCAUAAAUGACUGCCAUUUGUUGUGAAUCAAUUAACAAAAUGUCUUUUUCUUUGCUAACUGAAGACUUAAGCGAUCCUAAUUGUUUAACUAAUGUUACUCAACUAAUGCUACUCAGCCCCAAAGUAGUGAUCAAACAGUCUUGAAAAAACUUAUAAGAUACGUUUGUUUGCUUGAUCUCGGAUCUGAUAAAUCUUUACACAGUUAGCGUUCCAAAGUUGCAAUUUUUCAAGUGUAUAUGGUUUUCUGAAUUUUAUAGUGAGACACCUUGCCAUGCGCAUCCAUGUUAUUGAUAUUAUUACAAAAUACCCUAUUUUUAACCAUUUUCAUGGGUCUCGGAAGUAAUUUUUUGAAGUUCAAAAUGUCAAUAAAUUAAAGACUCGCAUUUAAGAUACUUGGUAGUUAGGAAAAGUGAUACGUUGCCAAAAGGAAGCAGAAAGCAGGAGUUCUCGGGCUAGUAAAAGAGGAUUCGGCUAUUCCUCUUGAGGAUCCUUUCCAAGAAUAUAGCAAUACCCUUCAGUUGUAGGUGUGAAUAAAUGGUGUUAUGCACUCAUGUAUAGCUCUGCUUCGUUGCAAAGGAACAUGUCAAACUUUUUUCAGUUUCUUUCGCUGUGACGAAAGGCUAAUGCUGGAAACGGCAGCUUUGUAACCCUUUACGGUGGCCAAUUUACGUUUACGUUAAUUUCAUGAAGCAUCUAUUAGGAUACCAGUUAGGUGUGGUGUUGGCAAUGUUGAAAGUGAUAAAUAAGAGAGAUAGUUUUUUCUCCAUUUUAUGGCAAUCGGAUUCUCUCACCGCGAGGUCGUAGCUUUUAUUGCCUUGCUUAAAGACCUUAAAUACGAAGGUUUCAUUUAUCUAAAAACAUAGGAACAUAAUUAUUACUUUUAGCUGCAAUACCCAUGCAAGGGAAGAGCGGCGAUUUUUCUAAUAAUGUAUUUUUUUCAGUUUAAGAAUUGGUUAGAAAUUCUUUUAUCCUGCAGUUGAGUUGUACAUUGCCAUGUAAGGUGUGUCAAUUAGAAGAAAAAACAGGUUUUAAGUGUUAAAGGUUGAGGCUGCAGAGUCCAGUUAUUAGGGAAAAUGAAGGUCAGUCUGAUUCACUAAUUUAAGUUCGUAAUUAAAACAUGAUUGCUCAAUUGCAGCUCCUUCACAACCGCCCUCUCAGUUCACUGUAUUUGUGAACUCUUCAACCAGCAUCACAGCUUCAUGGCAGUUACCACCAGUAGGCUCCAGACAUGGAAUCGUCAAAGGAUAUAAAAUAUUCUAUAAAAAGAAAGGCUCAGGUUUUGCAACCACCCUGACACUAGACAAUGGAAACACAUCAAGAAGAGUUACCAAACUUGAUGAAUACACUGAAUAUGAAUUUCAAGUGUUGGCCUUCACUUCUGCUGGUGAUGGACCAAACAGUUCUUCUGUUUUCAGGACAACAAUGGAAGAUGGUGGGAACUGUUAACUCUUUAACCAACAUUUUAAUAAACUCUACCAUUGUACUUGUUGAGAUAAGGUUGAUUUUACUGAUCGAUUCAAGUUGCUACCUUUCAAAUGUAGACUCCAGGCUCAAAUAGUUCACCUCGCCUCUUCAAUUGCUUUUUUCUUGAUACUAAGAAGAUUUCCUUUUUCAUGCGUUGGAUUAAAUCAACUCUUAACAGCUUCUUUUGAAGACCUGAGAUGUAUAGUAAUUUUUAGAUGAUCCUUAAGGAAGCACCAGUUCCUUUCACACAAAAAUAUGGUGGCAGUACAUCUUCACGUUAAAUGUGUCCCAAAUGCUGCAACAUGGCUGGAAUUAAUUGUUAUUUAAUACACAUAAAUCGUUAUUAUUUUCUGUAUCAUUCUGUAUUCUUCCAGCUCCUAGUGCACCUAUAUCUUUGUCUUCUGUUGAUGUGCCACCCAGCAAUUUGCAUGGUCCAAGAAUAACCUUGACCUGGAGUGAGCCUGCAGAACCAAAUGGAGUUAUCAGAAGUUACACUUUGUUUUACAGCCACGAUGGAGUUGCACCAAAAGAGAUUUCUGGAAUAGGCAAAGAUGCAUUGAAUCACACGCUCGAUGUGUUAGGUGGAGUGACUUAUCGGUUUGAUGUCAGAGCUGUGACUAUUAAACCUGGACCAAAUAGGACGAUUACUGUGAUGUCCAGGGAAUAUGGUAAGCUUGUUAUAUUUAAGUGAAUUUCAAAGCACUUUAACACGUUUACACGACAUUGUAUAACAACACGAAAAGACCUCAUCUGGUUGAUUAUCACUCGUAUUGAAAAAUAAUUUGAUUUCAAACAUCUACUUUGUCUGUUUUAUUUGAUCUGCUCACCUUGAAAAGUAUUGUCUUGCAUUACCAUAAAACUCUUAAAGUGUGUCUAAUACAUAAAAACGUUCUUCCUAUGAGUUAAAAUGCUGGGUAGCACGGAUUACCGAUCAACUCCAGUUUUAACGCAGGUACAAUAACUUAAGUUUUAACUGAGGCAUAGUAGUAUGUUUUUUCUUUGCUGAUUUCCCUUCUUUUUUUUUUAUUACCUUUUUGGACUAGAAUAUUUAAGUGUCUGCUCCAGAGUGUAUUUAUGUCUAACAUUUUGUUGUGUAUUUUUCACAUGGGAAUAUUGGAAGAAAGAAGAAUUCCAUUCUAGUCUUAGGUUGGGUUAAUUUUUCAUCUAGGAGUUAUUUUACUUUAUGAAAAUUAUUUCUCGUGUUUGUGAAAUAGAGCCCAGUCGUGGACCAGAAGGGAUAUCCUCAUCCGCAGUGAACUCCAGAAAAAUCAAUAUAACUUGGCUUGGACUGUCAAGGGAAGUAGCCUAUGGCACUAUUAUAAACUAUGAAGUCAGGCUUAGUGUAGAAGAAAACUGUACAGAGAUUCAGUCCUCCUAUCCUUCAACCAUUAACACCACCGCUACUUAUAUUCUCGUGACUGGACUCUCCUUGUGUGCCAAGUAUGCAGUGUCUAUAAGAGGCUACACUGCAGUGGGGCCCGGACCUUAUAGCAGAUCUGUUAUGGAACAGAUAUUUCGUAAGUAAUUCAGUAACAUGUCUUGAUGCUGCUUAUUAUCCUCAGGUUGAGCUUUAAGAAGGAAUAUUUAAUCUAUGUUUAUCGAAACUCAGGUAAUCCCGUCAUCAAAGACCUCCCAAAAAGAACCGUUGUAGCACUUAACGAACUGGUAGUGUUGACAUGUGAGGUAAAUGGAGACUCUGAAGUUUCUGUAACCUGGACUAAGGAUGGACUCACCAGUAUACCUCGCGCUCAGUUCAAAAACAGUGGCAAAAUACUUGUUAUACAGAAUGUUGUUCCAGGUGACAGUGGCGUUUAUGAAUGCAUAGCUAUGAACAUAUUUGGAGAGAGCCGUACAGCUUCGACACUCAUUGUCGCUGGUACGUAGAAACUGACUUACAUAAAAAAUUGCGUAUUAGUUGCGUAAUAAUUUACUUCCUUUAAGUAAAUCCGUGGAAGAGCAGGUGUCUUUUUAGGUAUUAAGUGAAAGAGGUAGCAAAGUUUUUCCAAAGGUCAUGACCUACAAAUGUUCUACAAAGCACUAAUAUCAUCACCUUGACAACCUGUUUGCACCCCGUCUUCAGGCAGUUGUUGGCAGGUCACUGAUGUAUCUCUCUGUGAACUCAAACUAAUCAAAUGUUUGAAAAUGGGAAGAAAGGUGAAAAAACACAACAACGACGACAGAGAGAACUAACUAAUGUGCAAGCGAAAAGCACAUCAUGAUGGAUUUCUUUGAUUUUCCUUGCAGGAUUUUAGAUACAAGUGACAUUGCCUGAAUUUAUUUUGGCCUCUUUCUUUUUUUCACACACAGUGCCACCCAGCAUUAUAAAAGAAGUUUCACCUUCUUCAGUGAUGUGUGAAAAGCAAACUCCGUGUCUUGUCUCGUGUCAAGCAACAAGUUACAUUCCAUUUAACUACUCAUGGACGAAAGAUGGCCAGGUUCCCACUGGUGAUGGCAUCAAGUUAAUGAAUAAUAGUAUCAUUGUCACGCCACGGGAUGCACAAGAUUAUGGUCGGUAUGUGUGUCACGCCACAAACAGCUUUGGAUCAACAAAGUACCAAAUCACUCUAAUUGCUCCUAAGGAUACUCAAUAUAAUGACGGUAAAUAUCCCUCCUCACAAUUCAAACGCGCUUAAAAUUUUUCGUCUCACAAAGUUUGGAAAGCUUAGCACUCUGAGGUCUGAGCUGGCGUUUUCCGAGCUGCUGAUGAUAACUGUUUGUACAGGUUUAAUCAUAUUGGUAUCAAAAGCAAAAUUAUGUGGUGGUCUCAGACGCCAACGCUGUUCAGUGUGAAGGUACUUUUGUCUCUUCCGUAAGAACAUGAUUUUGGUACGCGGUGCAUGUAUCAAAGUUUGCCUGUUAGAUUGUAACUAAGGCGAAAUACAGCUACCAAUGUUUAAAGACUCAAAAGUAAAAUCUGACCGUGUCUUUCCACAUAAUACAGGUUCUAUAUUUUUGGGGGUGAUAUACACUGUAGUUGACCCGAAGAGAUGUUCGAGAAAUUUGUAGCAUACAACGAAAUUUGUUUGAUUUUAGGAAAUUUGUACGAAACAAUUAAGAACGAUCUCUAGGGACGAUUCGAGAAAGUUUGAAACUGUGUUCUCGUUUCGAGGUAAGAGAAACGUCAUAUUUUAUAAUAUGAAAGAGAACAUUAUUGCCUCGAAACAAGAAACUAAGUAGAACAUUAGGAAUUUUUAAUUUACUUAGUCUAGGUUAUUAGUGUUUGAUAGUUUGGUUUUUUCCCUUUUGGCAAGGUACACAAAGCAUCCUUCUAGCUAUUGUCAUCGCAUUGUCUUGCCUUGUGAUUGUGUCACUCAUUAUGAAUGGUGUGUUCAUAUGGCAGCGGAGACGAGCUGUCAAAUCUUCACCCGAUCAACAGUCAAGUGAUCAACAAGCUUCAGUUCCAAGUUUAUAUAUGGAACUUAAACCCAGGCUUACGAACCAGCAGUCUCAUGUACCAACUGAGUAUCAGUCGUUACAGGAAAAACCCGGAAAUCCCGGAUAUUGCAAUGUGGUAUUUCAGAGAGAAAACGGUGGGAAACAAAAUGAUGAAAUUUAUGAGGAAAUAUGAAAACCCUGCAGAAGAUGUUCUUGUCUCGCUAAAAGGAGCUUUGAGUACUUUGGCAAUACUAUACACGGCACGCAUUUGAAGUUUCGACCUACUCACCGUUGUCACGGUUACUGUUACUAUCAUGAUUUCGCGUACGGUGCGGUUAUCUAUCAUCUAUGAAGAAAAAACAUAUGAUCACAAUUGCUUCCUCAGUAGAUGCAGCUAGGGAUUGCAGUCUGUUUACUUCAAGAACAGACAUUGCUGCAAUUGGUUUCUCAUCAAAGUACUUUAAUGGUCAUUUUAAGGCAGUGGAGCCUUACGGGCCUCCUUAGCUUGUAACAACCUUUGAUUGGGUCAGUUCGAAUUCAAUACUAACAUCUUUGUUAUAUUUACAUGUAUCCAUGUAACUACGGUAUAUAUUUUGCAUUUGAUUUGUGUAAAAUGCUAUACAAGGAAUCACAUAUACCUGGAUCGGAGCAUUUAGUUAUAACCUCGAACGAGAGAUAAAUGAAAUUCUAAACUUUGUGUGAGACUCUUAAAAGACGAUCACACGUACAUAUCUCUGAUUUCCUGAAUCGAAACAGUGACUUUGACCCCAUCACUGAUAAAAAUCAAAAUCAAAAUCAUCACGUCAUCGUUUUCAAAUCGUUUUCAAAUUUAUCCGGAUAAGGCGUCCACACGGAGACGCUUAGCCAGCGUUUUCAAAUUUAUCCACUCUGGAGAGCGUUUUCAAAUUUAUCCGUUUUCGGUGCGUGAAAACGCCGUUUACGUGUGGACGGAACCCGUAACCGUAUAAAUAUUUAUCCGUUUUCAAAUUUAUCCGGAUACGUGUGGACGGGGCCUGAAUUUAGUUCAAGGUGGGUUCUGAGCCAGAAGUAACAAUUAAAAAUAGAAAAUUAUUUUUGGAUAUGUUAAGAGUCAUCAGAUGUAAACAUAGAGCAAAGCGUUAAAACUUGAUAUUUUCAACUAUAAUUGACAGUUGUUCCUUAUAUUUUAUAUUUUUAAAGAGGUUUCUAUUGUUUGAGUCAUUUAUUGGAAAUUGUGAACGUUUUCAAUGUAUUUUUAUAAACCGUAAAUUCUUCUUAACUGUAAACACAAUAUAUUGUUGUUCACUUUUACCCUAAAGUAAUGCAAUAAUUUUAGACUUCAGAAUAUUACUGUGUUGUGUUUGUAGAUAACUGUAUAGAAGAUUGUAGAGUAUUUGCGCCUCAAACAAUUUUCAAGAUAAUAGAGUAUUUACGAAUUGAAGAAAAUGAUUGGUAAGAUUUUUCCAAGGCAAUAACAUAUGAAUAAGUAAUAAAUGUACAGAAGUAACAAAAUAGUUGUAGAUAAUGGAAUAAAACGUUUUCACGAAAAGAUGUAUCUGACCUUGGUAUACCAUGUCUCUUCUGUCUAUUUCUUUUCAUUCACUAAUAGAAUUUUGUCAUUCGGUUGUCGACAUGAACUAAAAUAAAGUUACUGUGGAACCAAACGCUGUCUAAUUCUUGACGUUCGUAGCAAGUUCGCUUGAAGCAGAUCUCCGUGUACCAGGAAACCGUGAAGAGUUUGCGUUCCUGCUGCAAAUGGUCUCUACCGAGCUAUUUUCCCCCAUUAUUGUUGCUUACCCCGCAAAGACCUGUUAAUGCGAAAAUAUUUCGUCACAGCCCGCGCGCUCAUCAAGAAUAGCACUGCCUUGCUGCAAGCGAAAGAUGUGUGACCUACCCUUGAACUUUUAUACACAUAUAUCUACAUAAAUGUGGGGGUAGAGUCUGCCUUGACAUAAAGUGCUCAAUGCUGUGGUAGCAGAGCUGAGUAUAUAUAAGUGAAAGAAUCAAAGAGGACGCAUCGAUUCUACCUACCUCUACCUAUAAUUUUAUAAUUUUGUCUGAACUUGUUUUGGUAUCAUUACGUUUUCCCUUUUUUUCACACAGUGCCACCCAGAAUUAUCGAAGAAUUUUCCCCUUGCUCAGUGAUAUGUGAAAAGCAAAGUCCGUGUUUUCUCACUUGUCAAGCAACAAGUUAUAUUCCGUUUAACUACUCUUGGACGAAAGAUGGCCAGGUUCCAACUGGUGAUGGCAUCAAGUUGAUGAAUAACAAUAUCGUCGUCACGCCACGGGAUGGAAAAGAUUAUGGGGAGUAUGUUUGUCACGCUACAAACAGCUUUGGGUCAACAGAGUACAAAAUCACUCUGCUUUCUCCAAGGGAUAAUGAAGAUGAUUACGGUAAAUAUUCUUCCUCAAUAUUUGAACGUGCUCAAAUGUUUUCGUUUAAAAAGUUUGGAGAGCCUAGAACUUUGAAGUCCAGUGUGGAGUUUAUGGACUUCUAUUUACAGUUGUUUGGUAUAACCAUUUAUGUUUCAAAAGCAAUAUUAUGUGGUGGUCUCAUACGCCGACGUUGUUCUGUGUGAAGUUACAUUUUCUCUCUUCAGUUAGAAUGUUAUAAGAGUGUGCAAUACAGGUAGAUCAUUCCAUAUAUCAUAAUUGGCCCGUUAGGUUGUAACAUAAUCAAAACAGAGCUUUAUACACUAAUUUUGAGGGGGCUCAAAACUAAAAUAUGCCUGUAUUUCUCCUAUUAGUUGUCCUGCUUGUUCGAAAUUACUGAAGGUCAUGUAUGUGACUUCGAGUUAAUAGGCAUAAGAAAUUUCUGGCAUUUGAUGAAGUACGGCUAAGAGACGAGACAACAGAAAGUUUGGAAGGGUGUUCAUGUUUCGGGGUUAAAAAACAACGUCGUGUUCUUAAGGGUGAAUAUACUUGAAAAAAAAAACAUCAUUGCAGUGAAACAAAGUAACUAAGCGGUCUUUGGUGUUUAAUAGUUGGUUUGAAAGUCGUUUGUUUUCUUUCACCAGGUGCACAAAGCAUCUUGGAAGUAGAGUGAUUUUGUACUUUGUUGACCCAAAGCUGUUUGAAGCGUGACACACAUAUUGCCCAUAAUCUUGUGUAUCCCGUGGCGUGACGAUGAUACUGUUAUUCAUCAACUUGAUGCCAUCACCAGUUGGAACCUGGCCAUCUUUCGUCCAAGAGUAGUUAAACGGAAUAUAACUUGUUGCUUGACAAGUGAGAAAACACGGACUUUGCUUAGGGGUUACUUCUGUGUACUAAAAAGCGCGUCAGCGGGCGUAGUUAGGGAAUUCGACGUAAUUUUUAUGUCUGUCGAUAAUGAAGUCGUUUUUGAGUUCUUCUGCCUUUUCCUAUGUACAUGGGUAUGAGAAGAUCUGAGAAUGUAAACUUACUUCCUUCUCAUCUCUGAGAAGGUGGUUAAAUUUUAACUUAUAAGCUGUUACGUACUGAAAUCAGCUGAAUUAUGAUGAAUUAUGAGCUGCAGCCCACGGCAUUGUGGGAAAUAUCAACACCCUCAAGCUUAUGUCAUCUUGUUAUCGAACGAAACUACUCGGCCUACGAAGAGACUGAUUGUUUUUCUGAAACCGCGGACGAUAUUGCUACAAAUCAUACAAAGCCAAGUUUAAAUAGUGAGGAGACAAUCUUUUUUCGGAUGAACUUUCGUUUAUAGAAGACCGGUCAAGCAAAACGAUCGUGAUACACGCAUACCGUGACUGACUCAAUCGAGAUGACGCACUUUAAUCAUUGUUUCCGGGUAGCUUUUCUCGCUGUACUUUUUCCACUGACUUCAGGUGAGUACCAUACAAUCUUAAAUCAAUUAGAAAGGUUUAUUUUAUUUUAAAAUUUACAUUCAGGGUACUUUUGUGGGAGAUUUCUUUCAGUCGUGAGUAGUGUAGCCGUACGGUCACAGGUUAAUCCUCAUUGCGAACAGAAUCAAUAUCAGAAAGAAACGAGGGUCCCUCGGGAUUCCUUGUUUUUUCGUAAUUAAAAUGUCAUCUUAAAAGAAUAGUACGGUUAAGAAUCUACCUGUUUUUACAUCAAGCUCAAUUCCUGUUUCAACGAAUAAAUUGAGUGGUAACAUCUGCAUCAAUUUCAGGUUAAAGCAUUCUUGGAAUUUAUUUCACCUUUCCUAUCUACUGAAAGCUUUGAAUUUGGACCAGUCUAAUACAUAUCUACCUUGCGCUCCCAAAAUUGUGCAUUUACACUGAAAGUCAACUUCUCCUUGCUCCAAGGAAGGGCUAACGACCCAGGCUUCUCGAAUUCGCUGUAGCAAUUUAUUUUUCUUUGAUGCAGCACAUCAGUUUUUCGAAACGUAAAUCUUUCCUCAUUUUCUCUAAAAAUGGACACCAUCAAAAAUGAGACCCGAUGUAUUUCCAUUUGCAGUUUUAAUGAUCAGAUUUAGAUUUCCUCCAAAUUUGUAAUCAAAUUGAUAAAUAUUUUUAGAGGCAGACCAGCUCUAAUUGUCCCUAUUUGUGACAUGGAUUUUGUACGACACAUACCUUAUAGAGAGAUUCAAGACAUGCAUAUGUCUCUCACAUCCAACCAUUCUUCAAUGUUACUAUGAUUAUUAUAACUGUGUUAUAGUGCAAAUGUAAAUUUUGUUUCUGUAGGAGCCUGUGUUGAUUUAGAUCUUGGAAUGGGAAGUAGAACUAUUCCAGAUAGUAAAAUAACUGCUUCUUCAGUACAAAGUGUCAGCACACCAGCCAAGAAUGGUAGACUGAACUUCACAUCAGGUUCAUCAUGGUGUGCAGGAACGAGUGACACUAACCCAUAUCUACAGAUUGAUCUACAGACACUUCAUAUCAUCUGUGCUGUGUCUACUCAAGGGAAUUCUCAAGCAGAUCAGUGGGUGAAGAACUACACGCUACAAUUAUCUACAAAUGGGACAACUUGGACAGACUAUAUGGAAUUCAGUGGGCAGGUUAAGGUAUGCCACAUGGGCUUGUUGAGAAUUAUAUGAUAUCUUGCCUCAAUCACUGUUCCUGAGUUUUGACAAUGUUGAUGCAUUUACAUAUAUAUGUAUAUCAAAAUAGCCACCAAAGGAGUUAUAGGUAUGCAGAGGAUUAUUUGAACUAUGAAAAUUCAACAAGUAUUCUCCUCAUGCUCAGUAAAUAUCAUGAAUUUUGAGUAAUUAUUUUUCAUUCAGCAAAUUAUAUUUUGCAUGCCUGAAUUUGAAGUCAAGGUUGCAUAAAGAAUACAAAGGAGAAAUGGACAGGGAAUCUAACAAAUUGUUUUGAACUAUGUUAUUGCACCAAAUAUUUAUGGUACAAAAAGGGUUGUCAAAGGAGUGCAGAACAAAUGAUAUCUAAUUGCUGAGAGAUUGCUGCUCUCAAUCCAAGAAGUAAUAAAAAUUGAUUGUCAUAGGUAAACUGCAGUUGUAGAAAUUAGCUAGAGUUCACCUUCGAGGGUCAGUGUGCUAUUUUUUAUAAUCCAAUGGUCAAAUUAUGAUCUAUUCAUGGAUGCUUAGUCCAGUGGACCUCUUCCCUAAAUGUCAGGCCUUAUUCCUACACCUACAUUUAUAUUUUUCUGUUUUUAUGAAGAUUAAUUGAGCCACCCAGCCCAACUAUUGUGACAACAAUAAAAGUAUUUCCUGUCAUAAAACAAGAGGGAUGAUUAGUUUCACCAGGAUGAAGAGUUACAAUUAUAGUUACAUUUUACAUUCUACCUGGAACUCUUUGAUGAGUUAUAAUCAUUUUCCUAAGGUUUUAGAGGGAAAUAAGGAUAGAAACUCAAAUGUCAAACAUGUUGUAUAUGGAGUGUUGACAAGAUAUUUGCGAUUCCUGCCACAAAAACACCAGGGUGAGGUGUGUAUGAGAACAGAGGUGUUUGGAGUGAAACAGAAGCCAAGUAAGUCUAGAAACUUUUGUGUAAUAUUGCACUCAUCCUCAAUUUGAUCCUUACAUUUCACAGUUAUCUGUGGUACUUUGUUAAUCUAUAAGCAAAGGUGACCUUCCACGGGAAAACGUGCACUAACGGCUUUCCGUUAAUCGGGUGAAACGCACGGCUACCGAACGGGUAACUCACCCGUUCGAACGGAUGCUAUCGAACGGAUGCUACCGAACUGCUGAACGAGCUAUCAAGUAUUCCGAACGGCUUGUGUAAAUUCUUGAACGGGUUACCCAAACGACUACACGGCUUGUGAAAAUUAUCGAACGGGUAACGCAAACGACUGCACGGCUUGUGAAAAUUUUCGAACGGGUUGACACAGAUGGAUGAAUGGAUUUACGAUUAAUUUCAUGAGAAGCAAUUGCCGUAAGAGCCGAACGCAUAGGUUAUCAUUCCGAACGAAUGGACAGAGCCGGUCCGAUUCACGUUUAAGUAGGUUCGAACGGAUAGUCAACUGUUCUGAUGUAAUAAAGUAUUGACUUCCCACAGCCGCUAGAAAAUUGCCUGACGAAGUAUUCAAGUUUGUUAAACAGAAACUUAGUUCAGCGUCUUUUAUUAAUUAAAAGCAAACCUCGAAUAACCCGUGAAUGUCAAGUUGUCAUUAUUUAUCUGUGCCGUGUCGAGUGUUUAUUGCCGCUUUAUUGCACAAAAACGCGACUGCAACUUUUUUCUAGCAGCUUUGCAUGUUCCCAAAUUGUUCCCUAUAUCUUUUCUUUUGACAGUGAAUUCGAUGCGGCAAACAUAACUAUUCCGCGCACGAUCCCAUUUCUGGUGUUACUAUAAUUCAAACUGGCGACAUUUGCGUAAAGCGGACCUGUGUGACAGGUAACGCAACACUAUGGAAUCCUGAACCUUCCAAACGGAUGAUACAAGUCGUUUGACGGAAAAUAGUCCAAGUCGUUCGAACGGGCUGAUGUUUUUGACGAACGGGUGACCAAGCCGGUCGAACGGGCUGAUGUUUCCGAGAACGGAUGACAAAGCCGUUCGAACGAGCUGAUGUUUUCGACGAACGGAUGAUCAAGCCGGUCGAACGGAUGGAUGUUUCUAUCGAACGGAUGGCCGAAGCCGUUCAAACAGAUGCAAAUUUUUCUGAACGGCUGACAAACGGCUAGUGAACGGAAAGCCGUUUGAAAACGGAAAGCCGUUAGAGUACGUUUUCCCGUGGUAGGUCACAAUUUAAGGUUCUAAAUUUAGUGGCCAUUUUAAUUUAUUAUGUUGAUAAUUGUUAUUUGGAUUAGUACAUGUAGCUUUGAUGAUACAAAUCACUCUUUGAACACUCUGGCAUAGCAACUAACCCACACUGUGUAAGCUGAAACUUGCACUCUUAAUUACACUCAUUAAUUUAAAACUUCCAAGUGAUGGGAUGAAGAAAUUUGUGUUUCGUGUUUAGUGGUGGAUUGUCAAGGCUCUUAGCGUUAUGAGCUGAGGAUUGCAAGAGAAAAUUCAAUUACCACAAAUGGAGUUCCUCAUGUCACGGCUUCACUUCUGUUACAAUCAAAGUCAGAAACGUUAGGGAUCCAUUCUGGGCAAUCACUUCAUUGGAGCAGCCGCACAACAUAUCAUAUGUAACUAGACCCUGUGAGCAGGGUAACUGGGAUACCUGGAUGGUACUGGAUCCUUGGAAUUAAGUGUAGUGAUACUACGGGUGUCGGACUAGUAUACUGAAAUAGUGCGCUCAAGUCUGGCCAAGGGCAUACACCUAUUUCAAAACAUAGGCAUGCUAUGCAUGCAAGAGUUACUUUUUUGUAGGGUGGGUGGAUUACUUGAAACAUUGUGAGUGAUGUCUACAUUCUUACAAAAGGAGAGAAUAAUAUUAAUGUGGGAAAGAACGAAAAUGUCGAAUUACCUCACUCACAGGUAUUUUGUGGUAGAUUAUGUGUGUUUUGCGAAUAAAUGUAACCAAAAAUAAACUGUAUUGGUGCCACGGAUACCUGUUAGUAAAAAAUGCAGACAGCAGACUGCAGACCGGAUACAAAAUAUAGACUGCAGUCUGGGUACAAAAUGCAGACUAAGAAUCUGAAGAGUUUUUACGUCUGGUAUAUAAUAACAUAUCAUCUACAGCUUACCGAGCGUCACGCAAUCGCUUUUCUGCGAUCCGCCCUCACGACUAUUUGCACUAUUGUGGAAUAUUCCUGGCCCAUUUCUUGAUGAAAAUCGAUCGCAAUAUUAUUUCAAGCCUUCAAUAUAGUCUUCUUACUUUGCGCGCGAGUUGGUUGGUGUGAUGUCUGUACAGAUUUUACCAACGUAAUAAAAGUAGAUGACGUGAAUAACAGUGAUGGUAAAGCAAGCUUAAAACGGCAGAAAUCGCCAGAAAAUACAACGGAUACACAGGGUAUGAGUAAGUUUUAUUGAUUUUACGAGAAAAAUGUUCAUAUUUCGAAAUAUGUAUCGUUGUAAAUCGACCAUACUUCGUUCCCUAUACUAUUCCUUAUAACGUGCAGUUCCUCUCGUAACUUAACACCGAGUCACACAACGCGUGACGCGUUCAUGAAUUAAUCGUUGGCUUUUUCUCGAGACGUGAGCUUGGGCCGCCUGUGACAAGACAAUUGCGUAAACAAUAUUUAACAUAAUAACAUUAUACACAAAAAAACACAGGGUUUUGGAUCUCGUGUUUAUUAAAAAAGAAUAUCCAUACAACUACAAUGAAAACAAACAUAAGAUUCACCUUUCUGAUCGUGAAAUUAAUACCAUUCGUACUGUUAUCGUAGCUACGUUCCUUGCCAUCAAGUGAAUCCAACAUGUCGUCUUUCUUCACUAGCACUUUGCAUCCACUAUAGUUAUGUUCUUCAGUCUCACGGUAGUAGUGUUGUUCAAUAGAUUGCAUAGAGUAUAUGCAGUUUGGUUUCAGAUUUCAGAUUUUGCUUUUUACAACAAGUGAACGUUUUUCAACUAAGACAUUGGCAUACUUAGCAUACAAGGCAUUCAAGGCUUUCAAGCGUUCGCGACUCAAUCCGUUCCAAAAUUACCGCUCAAUAACAUCUUUCAGUGUGGAUUAGCCGCGAUUAAUACGACUUAUAUAUGCGUCUGUAAGUAUUUUGCGCGUUUGCACCAUAAUGCCCCAGGAGAUCGCAAUCCAAAUACGUUGAAAUACAAAAUAACUGACCAAAGAGUUUUAUAAGCAAAAUCUUGUGAUUCGUCAUGUGACCCGGCCUUGUCUGUGCAUGACAACGUCAAUCAUCAUCAAGAUAGCACCCGUGAUCAGCAUGCGAACACCUCAUUGGAUCACAGUUCGUUGUCAUGGUGUUGAGUGAUAACACGCGUGAUCAGCAUGUGAACACCUCAUUGGAUCACAGUUAGUUGUCAUGGUGUUGAGGGCCCAAUGACCUCUGGGUACUAUUGCGCAAUUUUUCCAUUUUGUGGCGGAGGGAAAAAAAAAAAAAAGACGACAAAAAAACGAAGGCAUUUUAUGACUGGGCUACCACAGGUAUUCCAGUAAUGAUAUCUGUUUGCAGCAUUCACUUGGUUAUUUCCAAACAGUUAAUUAUGGCCUCAUCACUAUUUUUCCAUCGCUCUUUUUCUGUAUUUCUGCAAUUAUUUCCUACAGAUUGUUUAGAAGUGUAUUCAAUGAAUUACACAAAAAACAUACAUGUGAUAUUUAGGAUGGGAAGGUUAACUUUAAAAUUGUUACCUUGCAGCAUGUGAUUCACAGGCAAUUGGUUUGGCCAGUGGUGGUAGAAUUCCAGAUAGCAGCUUCUCAGCCAGUUCAAUAUUUAGAGCCAUAUAUGCAGCUAAAUAUGGUCGUCUUAAUGGAAGACGGGCAUGGGAACCUAAGACUAAUGAUCGUGAUGACUACCUACAAAUUGACCUUCUCUAUGAGUAUGUUAUCUGUGCUGUUGCUACUCAAGGAAAUCCACCAUCCCAAUCACCAACUGCUCAAGAAUGGACCACAGAGUACAAACUGAGAUUUUCUUUCAAUGGUACCACCUUUCUCCCCUAUACAGAAAACAAACUUGACAAGGUUGGUAUGGCAUGCUCAUAUAUACAAGUAUUUACAACAGCGAAAACUAGUACUUGUGUUACAAAACUACUGAUUUUCAUUUUGCAAAUUACAGGUGUCGUUUUCCAAAUUCAAGUUGCAGGUUUUAAUUGAUCUCAUUUCACAAAUUACAGUAAACCAUUAACUAUGCCAAGUUUCAAUACGUUGAUAUCACUUUUUGUUUAACAGGCCUUUCCAGGAAAUUCAGGAAAAACUGACACAGUGAAAAACAGUCUAAAGGAAUUUGCAAGUGCAAAGUUUAUACGCUUUUUGCCAACAAAGUAUAAUAGGUUCAAGGUUUUGAGAGUGGAGGCUUAUGGAAUACUUUUCACUAAAGGUAUUUAUUUGUUCUCAUUUUUGUCCCGCUGAUCCAAACUGAAGUCACAAUAACAAUGGAGAAAUUAAGGUGAAAUUGGACAAUUUACAGAACAGUAAUGACUAGUUAUACAAAAAUAUAAAUGGCUCCCACAGCUAGCUUUUGGAAAAGAAAGAUACAGUUUAACUUUGUUACAUAUGUGGAGGACUAGACUAUUGUACCCUAAGUUGCCACAUAUGAAUGGUGAUGAAGUUCUGCACUGUUAAAUGAAGUAUUAUUCAGAUGUUAUUGAUAAAUUUCUCAUCAAUUAUCAGCUAAGCAUGGAAACAUACAUUUUACAUCUCUUUAUGUUUAUUUCAGUUCCAUCACAGCCUCCUACUGCCUUCAAGCUGACUGCAACAUCUUCCAUCAGCAUUGCAGCUUCCUGGCAGUUACCACCAGUCUAUGCCAGACAUGCAACUGUUAUAGGGUUUAAAGUGUUUUACACAAAGAAGGUUUCGGGUGUGUCAGUAACAAUCUUGACUAUAAGCGGGGAAUCAACAUUGAGUAAAAAUGUCACAGGGCUUGAUAAGUACACAGAAUAUGAAUUUCAAGUCCUGGCUUUUACUUCUGAUGGUGAUGGACCAAAGAGUUCUGUUGAGGUGGAAAGGACAAUGGAAGAUGGUAUGUGACAGGUUAGAAGUUGAUUAGGUGACCAAAGGAAUGGAUAACCAUACAGUUACCUUGGAUCAAAUCAAUUAUUUACUCUAUCAAAACUUUCGAAAUCUAACAACAAUAAAUAUGAAUUGACAAGUGAAGAUUUUACACCAAGUAUUUACAAUUUUUUUUAAAAAUGAGUAUACUGAUGAAAACACUGUCCAAUUGCAGUUCCUUCACAACCUCCAUCUAACUUCAUGGUCAAUGCAACCUCUUCCACCAGUGUUGGAGCAUCCUGGCAGUUACCAGCAGAAAAUUCUAGAAACGGAAUAAUCAAAGGAUUUAAAUUUUUUUACAAAAAGAAAAGCUCUUCAGUGCCAGGAACCGUCCUUUCAAUCAAUAGUGAAUCAACGUUAAACAGAAAUGUCACUGGUCUUGAUAAGUACACAGAAUAUGAAUUUCAAGUGUUGGCCUUUACUUCUACUGGUGAUGGACCAAAGAGCUCUGUGGUUGUUAAGAGAACAAAAGAGGAUGGUAAGAGCUUUCAUUUGUCAUCUAAUAAAAGGCUAGACAUGUGUUCUGAACAGUUAUUAAGAGAAUAUUGAAAAUAGAUAUGUAACCAGAGUUUUAUGAGGGGGAAAGACCAUGACUUAAUUAUAUUAUACUAUUUCAACAUGCAUUGCAUCAUAAUUAGCAUUUAAUGCAUGUAAAUUUACUCAUGAAAUUAUGCAUGCUGGUGGAUGUUGGUGAUUCUGAUUGUUUUUGCCAUUGGCAGCCUUCCAUAUGCAUUUAGACCCCAAAGGUGCACCCUAUUUUGUAUAAGAGAUCAAUAAUAAUUUAUGGAUGAGGGUCCACGACUAUCAUUUUUUGGAACCUCAUCCAUUUUUAGAUCAAUUUUCUUCUCCAGCGUUUUGAGCAAUAGAGAUGAAAUGUUAUCAGAUUCCCUUUCUUUCGAAAAUUUUGUCUCAAAACAGAUUUCAUUGCAAUUGAAUUACCUUAUUUUGAAUAAUAUGUUUUGAAAGCUUGCCCGAAUUUAACAGGCUAAAUCAUGUACCAAAUACCAAUUUUUCUCAACAUUUGUAUAAUUAAGCACUCGGAAAGAUUUCUGCUUCAUAAUGAGGGAAAGGUGAUGAUGAUAUGAUAUCUUCAUUAUGUAAUAAAUAUGAAAUAGCUUUUGUUAUGAUUGUUAUCGUAACAUAAAUGUAUCUUCCUUAUUGUAGUUCCUUCAAAGCCUCCGAGUGGCUUUAAUCUGACUGCAUCCUCUUCUACUAGUAUUACAGCAUCUUGGCAGUUACCCCCAGAAACGUCCAGAAAUGGAAUAAUCAAAGGAUUUAAAUUGUUCUAUCAAAAGAAAGGCUCUGCUGGGUCAGAAUUGAUGCGGCAUAUAACUGAUCAGGCAAAGCGCAUUGAAGAAGUCACUAGCCUUGACAAGUACACAGAAUAUGAAUUUGAAAUACUGGCUUUCACUUCUGUUGGUGAUGGACCAAAGAGUUCCAUUUUAACUGAAAGAACAAAAGAAGAUGGUGAGACGUAGAAAAUUAAUAAUGUUGCCUACAUACUUGCUUGAAUUUCCUCCUAUAUGAACCUUUCUUUCUUUUCAUAAUAUUAAUAGAACAGCUGUUUAAGAAAACAUAGGAGGCUGGUAAGAAUUAUGAUCAGUGUAAUGGUCUAUGCACUAGUGUUAACUACAAACCCACAGAUUCACAUAGUUACUUGUUGUAUUCAUCUUCGCAUCCAUCACACGUCAAGAAUUCUAUACCUUUUUCAAAGUUUCUCAGACUUCCUAGUUUAGGUAGUGACAACUCUGAUUUUUACUAAAAAUCAGAGGCAAUGUGCUAGAUUUUCGAUAAACGUGGCUAUCCUGUUUCUGUUGUUCUAGCGGGCGACCACUGUGCUCAACAAAUUGAUCGACAGGUAGCACUACAAAUGGCUGAGAAGUAAAACACUGAUCGCAUUUUAUUCACUCUCACAUUUCACCCUCACAACCACACGGUUAAAUCUAUCAUUCUUACAAACGUUAAAUGACUGGUACUAUCUUUUAGCGACCUCCACUAAUUUCAUUCAAACUUGAAAAAAAAAUAGGCAACUUUUUGGUCAGAAGUUCAUUUCAAACCGGUGACCAACCUGGAACUUUCAAAUGCGCUCACUCACAAUGCAAAACUUGUCCUUUCAUUCAUAACGUGCAGAAAAUGUCAGGAAGAGAUCCAUUAAGAUCACUGAUCCCUUUACGUUCCCCUCGCUACAAAAACGUUAUACAUUGGUAAAACAGGAAGACGACAAGGUGACCGGUUACGAGAACACCUUCGCGACGUAGAGACAAAUGACAAGGACGCAUCCAAAUCAGUGGCUUGACACUUAAAUCUCCCUAAUCAUUCUAAGUAGCAUAUAUCAUAUGGCAGUUUGCGGCCUUUCCCUACAUCUAGGCAGUUCGGGAAGCCGAAAAACCUCUGGAACAAAAAUUUAUCUUCCAAAUCGGUACUCUUAAUCCCCGCGGUAUCAACGAGCGCUUUUCAUUCAACUAAUUUACGCUUGUUUUCUCCUCACCAUAUUCCCACCAAUAGGGUAGCUCCAUUUUCUGCAUUUAAACCUACACACGACCCACAAUUCCUCCAAUCGCUCUGACGAAGGACUAACGCUAGGAACGUCAGCCUUUAAACUCUUAAAGGUUGCCAAUUUACGUUAUCAAUUCAGUUGAUCAUACCAAAUUACCCUAUAUAAAAAUGGUACUAGUAAUAUUUGUAUCUGGGUGUAGUGUUCCCUAUCACGUGAUCAGUAUUAGGUGGAAGCUAUAUGUACCUUCUAAACCAAGUAGUUCCCGUAAUAUGGUUAGGAUAUUUAGUGUAUCUUUUAAAUAACCAAAACGUAUCAAGAAAUGGCCCAUUGUUCCGGGUCAACUUUUCCAUCAAGCAUCAAACAAAAGUCCUGAGUAAUUGGUAGUCCUGAGGGACUUUGGCCGAGGGGAGGCGGAAAAGCUCGUAACUGAUCGAGAAAAUUAUCGGAGUGACAAUUUUGCCGCACUGGGGGAGUGGGUAGUGUAAAUAUGCAGUAGUAAAAUCAUUCUCCAUCGGUGUACCCAAGGGUAGACUUGACCCUCGUUUAACGCAUCGAGCCAAAGGUUCGCAAAUUCAAAAAUAAUUAAAUUUAUCAGUAUUGCAGUGACUCAUUUAAACCACCUCUCACUAUAUGUAAGUCAAGUCGCCUGGUAAAAGUCAACGUACAAAUAUAUUUUUUGAUCCUACUACUGGUGUUAAAUACAAUCGAAAUUGACGGUUUUCUGUGGAGAGCAUCGAGGCGAUUAAAGACCUUGUUUCUGGUGCACAGCUGUUUUCAAACGAGGCGCUCAUCAUUUUUAGAACCAACAUGUUUACCUAACGCGAGGAUCUUUCUAUGCAAAAGCGCCAAAUUCGUGUAACUAUGUUGAUGAUACAAGAUAUACUGAUCAAAGCAAUGAUUUUUAGUUUUUGCGAGAGCAUGUAUUUGAGUUAUUUUCGUUUUCAAUCAAACGCGUGGCAAUAUGAGGGUGUGAAAUUUUUUCACUCACAAGUCUCACAAUGAAGAAGGUGCGAGUUUUUUUUAAAUUAUCUUUUGCCAAAAAAAGCAGGUCCUGCUUAAAAGUAAGUCUCUCUCAUUAAAAACUAUAACAGUUUUACAGCGGAUUUUAACAAUCUUUGUUAAAAGUAAGGAGCUGUCAGCAGCUUCUCCAAUUUUCGCAGAGAGCAGACGCUGGCACACAGCUGUUUUCUAAUCAGGCGCUCACUUUCUGGAACCAACAAGUCUACCUAAGAAGAGGAUUCCUGUUUUACAAAAGCACAGAAUUCUUGCAACGAUGUUGAUGACACAAGAUGCACUGAUCGAGGAAAUUAUAUCUAGUUUUGGAUAGAACAUCUAUUUUUUUAGUUAUUCUCGUUUUCAAUCAAUGCGUGGCAAGACGAGGGUGUGGUAUUUUACUCACAAGUCUCACAAUGUAGAAGUUGCGAAUUUUUUUUAGUUUGUUUUAAAUUCUCUUUCAGAGAAAAAAAAACAGGUCUUGCUUGAACUAACAUAGUUUUACGACAGAUUCUGCGACUGCAAUUUACUCCUAGUUUGAAAUAGUCUGUCUUGUUUGUAAUUUUCUCUCAAGUUGUUUAUAUCGGUACCAUAAAUCAAUUUACUUACAUGUGUACUGCAUAGGCCAAAAAUGGCUUUAGUUUCCCUUGCCAGUUUACAAAGCACUUCCAUGACUUCUUCAACAAAAUACAAAUCCUAGGGAUCAAUUCAGAGUCAUGAAAAAUUUGAUGUUGAUACAGCAAACAUUUCAAACACACAGCAGUAUUUCAGGUGUUCAUGGUUUCAAGAGUUUGACCGUAAAAAACCUGUUCCUACUUAUAUAUGAACAAGUACGUAUAACUCAUUUGCUCUAGAUACGUUCAAUUUUAUAAUGAGUUAAUCUGAGAGAAGAUCAUUUAAUUGAAAAUCGGAGUGGAAAAAACUCACUCAGAAACUUACAGUGCGGCCUUCAAAAUUGGAUAGUAAAAAAGAACUAUGAAAGUGACAUACUUUCCGAAGUUCUCCUUUCUGAUACAAGGCCACAACAGGAGCGUCAAUUUUUUGGCUUAACUCUUUUCACAUAAAUGAGAACUGAUAAACCGGCCUGUAGUGCUGUAAGAGCUAGUUCUAUACAGCCACCUUGAAAUUGACAGGUAAAAACGAUACAUAACGUUAAAAAUAGUUGGAGCAAAUAAAUGUUUGGAAGUGGGCCUCACGCCUUUUUCUGUCACACUCUUAGAUUGAUAAUACUUAGUCUGAUUCUUUUAUUGAAAAUGGCAAGUACAGCUUUUCUGCUCAAUUGCAGCUCCUUCACAAGCUCCCACAAAAUUCAGUGUCUCUGCAAGCUCCUCUACCAGUAUCACAGCAUCCUGGCUCUUACCACCAGUAAACUCCAGACAUGGCAUCAUCAAAGGGUUUAAAUUAUUCUACAAAAGGAAAGGCUCCUCCGAUUCAGCAACCUCCUUGAAUAUUCGCGGAGGAGCUACACAAAGUAAAAUUGUAACUGGACUUGAUAAAUACACAGAGUAUGAAUUACAGGUGUUGGCCUUUACCUCUGCUGGGGAUGGACCAAAGAGUCCCUCUCAGGUGGUGAGAACAAGAGAAGAUGGUAAGAAAUUGAAAUGAUCCGUUCUGUAAUUUUCAGGAGUUUCAGAGAUGCUUCAACCGUCUGUUUUGAAGAAGUAUAGUAGUUAGUACCUUGACAUUAAAAGGGAAGUUUAUAAGUGUAUCCUUCAUAAUAUAUCUCACACUAAAACUUGUGUGAAGAUGAUACCCAAACUGCUUCUUGAAUUAUAUAUGUUUUUUUCAAUCCCGAGUAUUAUUUUUUGAAACAGCUUGCAGUUAUUGUUUAUUUGUUCACUCUUAAUUAGUGCUAACAUUUUCCUUUAUUCUGCCAGCGCCUGAUGCACCCACCUUCUUGUCAUAUUCUGAUCUAUCACCAAACAAAUCACAUGGUCCAAGAAUAACCCUGACCUGGAGUAAGCCCCAAGAACCAAAUGGAGUUAUCAGAAGUUACACUUUGUUUUACAGUCACGAUGGAGUUGCACCAAAAGAGAUUUCUGGAAUAGAGAAAGAUACAUUAACUCACACAGUCGAUGUGUUAGGUGGAGUGACUUAUCAAUUUAAUGUUCGAGCUGUCACUAUUAAACCUGGAAAAAAUGCCACGAAAACAUUAACUACCAAGGAAUACGGUAAAUUUACUUUCAUAUCUUUGAAAUGACUUCUUUUCAGAAGAACAUGAACAAGAAUGAAAAAAUAUUUGUAAUAGUGUAGUUUGAUCGUCCGGGUAAGUGUAGUCCUGAGAAGGACUGUUGUCGGUAGUGGUCACUGACGUUUCGACAACCUGAGCGGAAGUCAGUCUUGACUCUGAUGAUGACUUCCGCUCAGGUUGUCGAAACGUUAGUGACCACUACCGACAACAGUCCUUCUCAGGACUACACUCACCCGGACGAUCAAAGUGCACUAUUACAUGUUACCCCCAGGUUUCAACCAUUAACUUUAUAAAGUUAAUUUUACCAUACUAAAAUAAAUUCUUACAUAUUCUGUAAAUUCAAAAAACAGGCAGUAGCUGGUCACCCAAAAUAACUUAAGGGCUAGUGGGAGACUCCUAUUUAUCAAUUGGAAUAAAGACAAAAGUAGGGAAAAAAGCUGCUACCAGCUCAAUUAUUUCUGCACGUAUCUUCAUUGAUAUUAUUACCUAUAAGUACAAAUAAUCUAAAAAUUAUUCACAUACACUACUUUACAUAUAUGAAGUAAUAAAAAUAUCAGGAAAUAAGAUGAGAAUCGUUGAAAACGAGUAACUAGGUAUAGAUGACUGCCAUUUGCUGUGAAUCAAUUAACAAAAUGUCCUGUUCUUUGUUAGCUGAAGAUUAAAGCGAUCCUAAUUGUUCAACUAAUUACUACCGAGAAGGAAAUAUCUUAGAUUUUAGACUUUUGCAGGUACAUUUUUAGGUGACAAAGGUUCAACUGCGACUUAAGUUUAUGGUAAAUUCUUGUUAUUUUUCUUCACAUUGAGAUAAAUUAAUUCCCCUCUGUAAAUAGAAUAGAACCUCCUUUACCCUCUCUAGUGAACAAGCCCACUUUUAACAUUUCAUGCGAUAUGUUGAAUACAUGUAUUUUGGGACUGUGGUUGUGUAAUUUCGCGUCAGUUUAGCUUUUCAUCCUAGAGUAGUUUUAUACUAUUGAUUUUUUUUUAUCAAAUAGAGCCCAGUCGUGGACCAGCAGACAUAUCUUCCUCUGCAGUGAGCUCUGAAAAAUUCAAUAUAACUUGGCUUGGACUACUAAGAGACGUAGCCUAUGGCAUUAUCAUAAACUAUGAAGUCAGGCUCAGUGUAGUAGAAAACUGUACAGAGAUCAAAUCUUUCUAUGAUUCAACCAUUAACACGACCACUACUUAUGUUAUCGUGACUGGACUCUCUUUGUGUGCCAAGUAUGAGGUGUCUGUUAGAGGCUACACUGCUGUGGGGCCUGGACCCUACAGCAACCCUGUAAUGGUGCAGACAUUGGGUAAGAAAGUCUGUGGGCAGCUGUAAUGAGGCAAUGUUUAGGGAGGAAGUAGAAUUGAAAGGCGGUAAAAAGUUGUAACAAAGUGUGGGAAACUCAGACAAAUUAUGUAGGGUUUGAGCGAAGGCAAGCGAUUAAAGAGUUCUUUGAGUGUGUGAUAAAAACGUACAUGUAACUUCAACAUUUUCCUCCAAAGCAAGAACUACUUCUGCUGUUGCUGCCACAACCUUACGACUGUUACAGGAUGGCAACUAAUUGCGUCUGCUUUGUCCUUUUUUUUUAUCUCAGUUAGUUUGUACAUGCAAUUGCAAAGGUCCACGGGCAAAAUAGGCUUACCUCCGCUGUUGUUUUCAAUGUUUUCAGCUUUGGAUGCCUACAAUUGGAAAAAUCAUUUUUUUUUUAUAUAUACACAUAAAGAACAUAGUGGUUUUCAAAGCCUGACUUAACAGAGCCUUCUUUCCCUUCUCCCCAGCUGUGGUUUGGUCUAAAGAAACGCCAUCUUCGCCUUCUUUUUCUGCAAAUUCAGAUGAAGAAGGAAUUUCAGUGAAAGUCACGCUUCCACGUUUUCCUGGAAAUGCGAGGUACGGUUGACUAUGCAAUUUCACGCUAGUUUUGGCUGUAUUCCUCUAUUACAAUAUCCAUGAUGUAAUACAAUGUUCAUUUUUAAUUCGUGAAUUGCGCGCAUGCGUAAGAGCGAGUUGUAGAUAAAGUGUGGAAAAUGGCAUUCCCUCGCUCGAUUGGUCGAUUCCUGUAAACUUUUUUUCGACUUUAGGCUUUUGAGUGCAUUUGAUACUUUUUGGCGAGCAAUAAACAAACGAAAUGUCGACCUUUGUAGUUAAGAAUAGUGGUGGGGUGAAAAAGAAGCCAAUGAUAAUCUUAAAAGAGUUUUUUUUUUCGUUUUAGUUUCAACAAGCGUUGCCAGCGACUGGCAGGCAUGCAAGGAUUCACACUGAAAUAACAGAACAACCUUCGUUUUUCAUAAAAUUGUAAUUUACAAUCCUUGAACUUGAAAACAAUCCGAAGAUUCAUUGAAAAUAUCACUUACUGCGAAGCGCUCGGGGUUUACAGAUGUUCAAAAGCUUUGUCAGUUAUGGCGUGAGAUUGAGGACAAAAUCGAUCAUUACGUUUCGUAUCGUGUGUUUCUCCUGUCUGAAGCAACAAAAGAUGCCGGCGACUGACGAAAUUACAAGUUAACACGAAAAUCAAAUAACACCUAAACAAACAAUUUUAGCUACCGAUUUUCAGUGAAUUCUUAAAGAACAAUUUUCUUUUGAGUUUCAAGACAACUUGAAGAUUCAAAAUAAAUAUGACGUACUAAAAUGCGAAAGUCAUACACCACAAAAUUGAUAAAUAGGCCUGAAAUGAAAUUCUAUCUUGUUCUUCAUUAUACGCUGCCUAGCACGUGACUAAAAUCUACCCAGGCGGAGUCCAAAAUGACGGUGGCAGUCUUGGCUUAGUUAUAUCACUCAAAACUCGUUCCCGUUUGUCUCAUUUUAUAAAGAGGGAAUCGUUAAUGUUUUCAUUAUGACAGUACUGCCUUGAUUUUCCAACAUUUACUAUGAUAGACAGUAAAUUUCACUUUUCACCCUCAUUUACUUCCAACCUUUUCUUUUAAGCCAGAAACAAAAAUGAUAUCCGUUUAAAACACGUGACAUCAUCCACCCUUGUCAAAUGUAAUAGCAUGAUCAUUUCAAUUGUAAUGCCUUCUUAUCCCAACGUUACUUUGUUUCUUUGCUACAUUAGCGAACACUGAACUACUGCUCGUACUCUAGAUGUGAAAAUCAACCACAAGAUUCCCUAAACCAGAUAACAUUAAACAUAAUCCAAAAAAUCAUGUGUCAAUUCACGAGUUUGCUCACAGAGCACUUUGAUCUUUUUUACAGUUAUAAUCAUGAGACAUCUUGUGCAUUGCUAUGUGCUGAUUCGAAAAAAAAUUUAAUUAACAAUUGACACUACAAGAUACUGUUUACGUAAAAAAUAUCGUGUGAUUUACCUUGCAGGUUUUUCCAAGUUAUCAUCAUUACAUACAGCUCAAAUUAUACUGGUGCUGUUAACCUACCGGAAAGAUUUACAACACAAGACAUGAUGACGUAUGAAGAAGCGCACAAAUCUACCUUUCCUGCUGCUUAUGUCGCUUUUCAGUUUGGAGGAAAUGAUUUUGAUAAAAAUCGAGAAUUUGUUGUCGGAGAUGGAGCGGAAUCCAGCAGUAAAGAAAGGAGUAAGAGAAGUAGUGGUGAUCAGUUUUAUUACAACAAACCAUUGCAGCCGAAUACCAACUACAAAGUGUUCCUCAGGGCUUUUGACUCCGAGGUAUUCUAACAAAACUUUUGUCAUAAGAGAGGGAUGUCCUAUUAUUUCCAUGUAAGAACUGAGUGACAAAACUGACCCAUCUAUGUACUCCGAAUCUGCACCCAGAUAUCUCAGGAACUUUCCACUCCCAAACUAUUAUCUUGCCGUUGUUUACCAGCUCUUUGGUCUUAGUGAAUGCAGUGCAAUAACAGCAGGUUUUAAGAGGCUUGUAAUGCUCAAGAGGUCUGGGUCACUAUGCCAUACCAAAAUGCAGCAAAAGGUUGCAGAUGAGUAAUUUGUUUUUUAUGGUUAUAUUUUGCAGACGGUUUAUGUCUCUAGUAACUUUGUAAGCAUCGACACUAAAGGUAAUGUUUUUUUGUCUUGUUUUUGUUUUUUUGUUUUAUUUUUAUACUUUUCCUUUGUCAGAGGCAUCUAGCAUUCAGCAAUCAAAGUUAACUCAAUGUCGUCUGAUCUGUGAGCUUUUUUAUUAAUAUACGACUUUCAUGCUGUGUUAAUUGUCUUUCUUAGUUUGUAAGUUUCAAUCAAAUUCAAGCUUUUAAAUUAUAUUUUUGUCGGUAAGGGAUAAGCUGCAAAGCCUCAAUGCUGUAUUUGUGCCUUGCUCUUUGUUAAGGAAAAAUACUUUAUGUUUAUAAAAACUCAGGUAAACCUAUCAUCAAAGGUCUCCCAAAGACAACCAUUACAGAAAUUGGCGAACUGGCAGUGCUGAGUUGUGAGGUUAGUGGAGACGCAAAGGCUUCUGUUACCUGGACCAAAGAUGGACUUGGCAGUAUACCUCGCGCUCAGUUCGAGAACAACAAGAAGAUACUCAUUAUAAGAGAUGUUGUUCCUGGUGACAGUGGCAUUUAUGAGUGUAAAGCAAUGAAUAUGUUUGGAGAGAGCCGUACAGCUACGAUAGUCAUUGUCGCUGGUAAGUAGAAAGUUUACUACUUUUGCAUUGAAUAUUGGGAAGCAAUAACAUUUUCAUUUCCUUUCGUGAAAUAAAUCUGUGAAGGAGUUAGUGUAUUUUUUUUACUAUUUUAAGUUAUAGAAAUUUGCCAACCUCUGCCUGAAUUAAUAACUAAUCAUGGUUCUUUAAAGCACCACGAUAAUCACCAUUGCAACUAGUCUCAACCUUACCCCAACCACUUAUUAAUAAGUUAUUGACGAAUUCAUGUGUGUACUGAGUACUAAACAAAUGUUAGAAAUUUGUGAUAGAGGGGUGAAAAAACUAAGACAACACUGAUAACAACUAAAAAAACCACCACUCAGCGCCUAGACCAAAAAUAGGUCAUGAUAGUGUUGGCACAUGUUUGUCACACCCCUGUUCCGUUGUCUUGAGCAUGGUUUUGUCUAAACUUGUUUUGUUAUCAUUACGUUUUCCUUUUUUUUCACACAGUACCACCCAUAAUUAUCGAAGAAAUUUCCCCUUCUUCAGUGAUGUGUGCAAAGCAAACUCCGUGUUUGCUCUCAUGUCAAGCAACAAGCUAUAUUCCGUUUAACUACUCUUGGACUAAAGAUGGCCAGGUUCCAACUGGUGAUGGCAUCAAGUUAAUGAAUAACAGUAUCAUUGUCACGCCACGGAAUGCACAAGAUUAUGGGCAGUAUGUGUGUCACGCUACAAACAGCUUUGGUUCAACAGAGUAUAAAAUCACUCUGCUUUCUCUUAAGGAUAAUGACGAUGAUGGCGGUAAAUGCUCUCAAAACGGUAAAUAAUCCUUAAUAUUCGAACGUGCUUAAAUGUUUUCUUCUCAAAAAAUUUGGAAAUCUUAGAACUUUGAAGUCCAGCGAGGAGUUUGUGGCUUCUAAUUACUGUUGUCUGGUAUAACCAUUUAUGUAUCAAAAGCAAUAUUAUGUGGUGGUCUCAUACGCCUACGUUUUUCUGUGUGAAGUUACAUUUUCUUUCUUUAAUUAGAAAGUUAUAAUAGUGUAAUUAUAGUGUAAUCAUUCCAUAUAUCGUAAUUGGUCUAUUAGGUUGUAACUUAAUCAAAACAGAGCUACAUGAACUAAGUUUAGAAAGGCUCAAAGCUAAAAUAUGUCUGUAUUUCUCCAAUUAAUUUUCCUACUGGUUCGAGAUUACUGAAGGUCAUAUAUGUGACUUGAUAACGAAAUUUCGAGUUCAUAGGCAUAGGGAAUAUCUGGCAUUUAAUGAAGUAAGAUCAAGAGACAAGGCAACAGAGAGUUGGGAACUGUGUUCAUUAUUCCUUAGGGUAAAUAUACUUGAAAAAAAAAUCACAUCAUUGCAGUGAAACAAAGUAACUAAGCAGUCUUCAGUGUUUGAUAGUUGGUUUGAAAGUCGUUUGUUUUCUUUCACCAGAUACUCAAAGCAUCUUCCUUGCUAGUGUAAUCGCAUUUUCUUGUAUUGUGGUCGUGUUGCUCAUUAUAAUUUGUGGGCUGAUAUGGCAGCGGAGACGAGCUGUUCCUAGUAGGAGGACACAGGGUAACGAAAAAGUUGACUUUGAUGGCGUCAAAUCUUCACCUGAUCAACAGCUACGUGAUCAGCACGCUUCAGACCCAGAUUUAUACAUGGAACUCAAACCCAGGCCUUCGAACCAGGAGUCUCAUGUUCCUUCUGAGUAUCAGUCGUUACAGGAAGAACCCGAGAAGCCCGGAUAUUACAAUAUGGUGCUUCAGAAAGAAAAUGGCGUAAAACAAAAUGAAGAAGUGUAUGAGGAAUUAUGCUAAUCCUCAACUAAUUUGUAUCCUUCUAGUUCAGAUUGUCCAUCUUGUGUUAUAUACUAUGCUUAGUUAUAUGCGCAUGUUAAUUUGGUCUUCCUUACAUGUAUGAUCUAAUAGAAGACAGAUGCAUUGAUGACGUCACUAUUAACAACAUCUUGCUUCUUCAUUGUAAAAACAAAGAGAUUCCAUGUUGCCGUGAGUCUGUUCUGUUAAAAGUCACAGAAGACGUCAAAAUGUGCUAAGAAGAUCAGUGCCAGACUCGACUGCGCUUCGUAUGCCACACUGUAGUUCUCACCACAUUUUGACGUCAUCUGUGAUCCAUAACAGAACAGACACAUGCUUACAUGGAAUCUGAUUGGUAAGUAGAGGCGGUAGUUCGGUUUGUGAAAGACAUUGUUCGUGUCUCGCUCAAAGAAGCACUUGGUAAUUUGGAAAUGAAAUGCAUACGUUUGAAAUCUUCUCCUCCUCAUUAUCGUCAUGAUCACUCUUACAAUCGUAGCGUCGCAUAGAGUGCGGUUAUCUAAUAUAGCUGUAAGGAAAGUUUACGAGAUACACUGGUAACACUAGCUUACUCAAUAGAUCCUUUUUGUUUUAAAGUAAGACCUUAAAGACUUCUUCAACGUGCAGUAACCUUUGAUUUGGUCCAUUUGAAAUUAAUUUCUUACAUCUGUCUUAUAUAUUACAUGUAUCGGUAUAAUUGUAUCUUUUAUUAUUGAUGCAUGUGAAAUGCCUUACGAUGGAAUCGCGUAUAGCCAGAUCUGAACAUUUAGUUAUAACCUCGAAUGAGAAGUAAAUGAAAUUCAUAACUUUGGGCGAGGUCCCUAAGCUAAACGAAACCUCUAAAGACGAUGGCAUAUUUACAUAAACUUCCUUUUCUUAAUGAAUCCAUGUUAUUAAGUUAGAUUUAAUCUACAACAUCUUACACCGGUUACACCGGCAGCAGCACGAGAAUUCGAAUGAACCAGCAGUAAAAAUAAAAGGAUUAAUUAUACCAUUUUUUUAAAGAGUCCCUAGAUGUAAACAUAGAAUGAAGCGUAAAAAUGUCAUAUUUUUUUACCAGUACUGAAAGUUGUUCCUUAUAUUUUACCCUUUUAAAAGGGUUCUCUUUUCUGAGUCAUUUGUUGGACAUAAGGAACGUUUUCAUUAUAUUUUUAAGUAAAUUCUUCUUAACUGUAAAGGUAAUAUAUUGCAAUUGGAAAAUGUUAAGCAACAGAGUAUUAUUGGUAGGUGUUGGUAGAUAAGAGAAUGGAAGAUAGUACAAUAUUUUUGCUCCAUCAGAAAUUUUUAACUUAUAGAGUAUUUACUGAUUGAAGAAAAUGCUUGGAGAAGUUUUUCCGAAGCAUUUUAGUAAGCAUUUAAAAUGCACAGAACUUGAGCAACAGAAUAGUUGUAGCUAAUGGAAU